AUGAAGACGAGCCGCCGCGGCCGAGCGCUCCUGGCCGUGGCGCUCAACCUGCUGGCGCUGCUCUUCGCCACCACCGCCUUCCUCACCACGUACUGGUGCCAGGGCACGCAGCGGGUGCCCAAGCCGGGCUGCGGCCAGGGCGCGGGCGCCAACUGCCCCAACUCGGGCGCCAACGCCACGGCCAACGGCACCGCGGCCCCCGCCGUCCCCGCCGCGGAGCACGGCGCCCCGGGCGGCGCGCUCUACAGCUGGGAGACCGGCGACGACCGCUUCCUCUUCAGGAAUUUCCACACCGGCAUCUGGUACUCCUGCGAGGAGGAGCCCGGCGGGCUGGGAGAAACAUGCCGCAGCUUCAUUGACCUGGCCCCAGCAUCCGAGAAAGGGGUGCUCUGGCUGUCGGUGGUCUCUGAGGUGCUCUACAUCCUCCUGCUGGUGGUGGGCUUCAGCCUCAUGUGUCUCGAGCUCUUCCACUCCAGCAGCGUCAUCGACGGGCUCAAGCUCAACGCCUUUGCAGCCGUCUUCACGGUGCUUUCAGGUCUCCUGGGGAUGGUGGCCCACAUGAUGUACACGCAGGUGUUCCAGGUCACCGUGAGCCUCGGCCCUGAAGACUGGAGACCGCACUCCUGGGACUAUGGGUGGUCCUUCUGCCUGGCGUGGGGCUCCUUUACCUGCUGCAUGGCAGCCUCUGUCACCACUCUCAACUCCUACACCAAGACAGUCAUUGAGUUCCGGCACAAGCGCAAGGUAUUUGAGCAGGGAUACCGGGAGGAGCCGACCUUCAUAGACCCAGAGGCCAUCAGGUACUUCCGGGAGAGGAUUGAAAAGGGGGAUGGAAGCGAGGAGGAGGACUACCGCUUGGACUGCCGCCAUGAGAGAUACCCCACCCGACAUCAGCUGCACAUGGCGGAUUCCUGGCCCCGGAGUUCAGCACAGGAGGUGCCAGAGCUGAGCCGCCAGUGCUGGGUCCUGGGGCACUGGGUGUGAGGAGACGCAGCCCGGCCCCCAGAGCUCC